CUCGCUUCCAGCCCAACCGCAUCGUCGAAUGAGAGGCGCGAGCCCAAUGGCCUCUAUGGGGCGGCCUAUGGGGAGCAAAUGGGGAACCAUGGCCCAUGGCCGGCUGCGAAAAAAGAUAAUAAUCCCGACCGCGGCUUGAUUUUCGCUAAAGGGUGUGAGUGUUAGUGUGUGAGUGAGUGUGUGUGAUUUCUCACAUCUUGUCCCGUCUCUCUGCCGGAGGAGGUCUGUCUGCUCUGUUUUGCUGUUGAUGCCAUACUACUUAUGGUGCCGCCCACGUAUUGUCGAGUGUGGUAACAUUGCAGCGCGAUCCAGCAGGUAACAACGAGUCAAGUGAAGCGGCAGCAGCUCUCCUUGCGACGUUCAGGUCAGCCUUGCGAAAGCGAGGCCACCGGGGUAGAGAGAAAUGAUGUCGUCGUCGUCCAAACCGCUUACAAGUCGGAAAUCCCUGCGGGGAUUGAGCAUGUUCACCAAGGACGGGAAUUUCAGCGAUCCAGGCACACCGACAACUCCAGGAGCACCAGGAACACCAAGGACACCAGACACACCAAACAGGCGCGGCACUCCGACCCGGACCGAUCGCAACGGCCGUGACCGUACCGAGCGCAACACCGCACGAAACGGGGUACCAAGAAGACCGGGGACGCCCUCCGCUUCCAUGUCGGGGUUCUUCAAGAUGGAAGGCACGAGCGCCGCCGAGGUGGGCCCCGCAGGACCGGUACCCGCCGCCGCCGCCAGAGAUGCGGUCCGAACAGAAGGAACGGCCGAUACGGUACGGCGCGCUUCCUCGGCAAGAACCGCACAGCGACCCAGAGAACCUUCUCAAUUGGGCGCCCACAUUUCACGGCCUCCCUCUCGCAUGCCCUCGAUUCCAGGGCCACCUCGACAGCCCAACCAACCCGUGACGCCCUCUCUGCUCAAUCCGACUGUGUACACGCCUCCCACCAGAGAGCAACGAGCUGCCGCAGCCGCGUCGCGAGGUGAUCGCAACAAUUCAACCUCUUCUGCUCCCGGCGGCAGCCACCAGCUUACCUCCUCCGUCAGCUUCCCUGCGCAGGGACACCCAUCCCGUCCAAUGCACCGAAGCAGACCCUCGGCGCCCGAAAAUGGCCAACGGACGAAUGCCUGGGAGGACUCAACUGUUGCGUCCAUAUUUGGCGACCAUGAAAGCAGGGAUGGAAGAUCAGAAAGUGCCCACGAGCGCCAGGUAAACGGAGCUCAACACCCCCAGCUUGUGCGGGGCCGCCACUACAGCGACACUGCAUUUCCUCGCUCAAACACCCAGGCACAACAUCCAGCCGUCGCCCAACAACCCAAGUCUGCACGACCCACGCUCGACCACGAUGAGAACCUACCAUUUGUUAUCGGCGAAGGUGGUAUCCUCACCGUGGUUGAGGCCCCGCGAAGCCGCAACGAUCCCGAUGCUGUCGCCCUAAACAAGACCAUCGAAGCUAUCACCAAGGAGCGGGAGCCAACCAUCAAGAUCGAGGACGAAUAUGAGGGUGAUCGCGCAGCUUUCAACUCGACACCCACCAAACAACUUGGGGCCUUCCAGCGCGCACGACUCCCCCACCGCGACCCGAGGAAAGCAGGAUCAGUAAGAGGUGGCCAGGGCGGAUACACAUCAGACAUGCAAUCCCCAGGGAGGUCCUCGGAUGCCGGCGGGGACCUGGAGAAGAGCCGAAUCGAACAACGUCUACGCCGUGAGCGUGAACACGAGCGUCUGCGCGAACAGGAAAGGGAGAAGGAACGGAUCCGCAAGGAGGCCGAACGACGCGAACGCGAACGCCAGCGCAAGCAUGAGAUCCAACAUCAGCGCAGCACUGUCUUUGACGACCUCACCCCCGUCGAGUCCGAAGCACCACCGCUUCCCACACCCAACUUUAACAACACGCAAGCUGCUGUUGUCCCUAGCAGCAGCAGUGGCUUUGAUAUCGACGCCUCGUCGCCCGGCAAUGUCACACCUAAAGCGUCCGGCUCGCGCCAUCUUCGCCCGUCGCAGAUACCGAGCCAGCAGCCACUCCCUCCCCAACUCAAAGAUGCCUCGAUUGCUCUGGCGCGAACCACCAGCCGCCGGGCAAAGGAGAAGGAAGUUCAGAAACCACAGCAACCACCAAAGCCCGCCGUCGCCUCUCCAUUACCCAUCCUAGAACAGGCCAAAAAGCGCCGCCUUUCCACCCUCGACUAUGACGAUGCCCAACUCUACCAAAUGCCCUAUACCACUCUCCUCACUCAGUCCUUUGACGAAGACCCGCAAGAAGAGGCCCUUAAGCAACAAGCUCAAGCCACCACCAAACUCCAACAAGACGACCGUCCUCCAGCGGACGCAACCCUUGAAGACAAACUCCAACACUACAAGACCAAACCUCCGGCUCAACAAGCCGAGUUCUUUACGCACAUGAAGAUUGACGAGUGGGACGACGCGGGCGAUUGGUUCCUGGACCAGUUUACCUCUGUAGUCAAGAGGAUCAAGGACGCGAGGAGGGCGAAGAGGAAGAUGGUGGAGGAGUUUGAGGUGGAGAUCGCCGAGAGACAGGGAUCGGUUAAGAGCAAGAUUGAGAAGAUUGGACGGACACUGGAGAAUUUGAAAGAGGAGGGAAAGACGAUGAUGCAGGGGAAGGAGAUGGAUUUGGAGGAUUAGUCAUUCCAGUUGUCAUCGAUUGCUGCUGAGGAGGUGGGCUAGUUUCAUUGUAGCAAGUCAAUUGACUUGACGAGAUAGACAGACCUGUGGGAUUAAUACUUUGUAGGUUUUAUUUUGGCAUGGCGUUUUGGUAUGGGAAAGGUGUGAGAAAGGGACGGGAAGGAACAGGAACAGGAACAUAAAUACCCCCUUUUUGUAGGAUGUGUAAUGUUCGAGGCUGGGUUGGCCGUGGAUGUCUGCUUUUACCGUCGAUGUGGACUCUUCUUCCAAGGUAAUUAUUUACUCUCUGCUCAAGACACUGCGAGAUUGACGUCACAUAAUGUUUUGAUAUAAAACCAGAAUCAUGGCUGG